AUGAGUACCCCAACCUCCGUUGAGUCUCUAAGCUCCAACAUCGAGUCUAUUGAUCCCACCUCCUCAAAACCACACCAUGAUACCAUAAUUUCACGCAUUAAGGAACAUCUGAGACGUACUCAGAAAAAAUGGGGACCUUUGAUGGCCGCCAAGGAGUGCUGGGACGAUGAGUACAAUUUUUCUCCUGGGAGGUAUGCGGGCCAGGAUGACCGUCCGAUAAUCUCCGACAAAUGGUGA